AUGGCCGGCGUCUUGGUUUACCAAAUCGAAUCGUUGUACCGACUUGUUUUCUGGGACACGAUUGAUGAACUCGCGCUCAAUGAGGCUCUCGAGGCUCCUUUUGAUUUCUCCGUUUGUGGGAACGAACCAUGGCAAGAGUUGCUUUUUCACUUCGCCGACCAAAGUUUCAUGCUUCCUGAUGAAUUUCUCUUCGUGAAAUCGCUUGAGCUUUCCGAGAUGAGUAGCGUGGUGUCGUUGUUGAUUCGGGUUCUCGAGUGUCAUCAAAAAAGAUGCUUGAACUUCGAAAUUCCCGUGUUCAAGGAGAAGGUUUGCGUUUCUGGAACGGUGAUCAGGAAGCAGCAUCCGGAUGCUGAACUUGGAGGGUACAUCGUGGGUGUACAUACGGUCAAGCAAGCUGCUGCUCAAUGGAUCAACAAAACUGAUGUGAAGCAGAAGAAACCGUGGCCCUUCAUUGGCGCGCUACACAAGAGUUUCGUUGUUGUGUGUUUCGGUUUGACCAUGUAUGGUCUGUACGGCGUCUCUUCCUUCGGAUACUACUACAUCGUGAAAAAGCGUCCGGAACUGAAACAGAAGAAGCAGCAGCUUCUAGAAAAAGAAGCUACUGGGAACGAGUUCAUUGCCGAUACUGCAGGCAGUUACAAGAGUUGA